AUGUUGUUGGGUUACGAGUUUUUGAGUCGAAUACAUUUUAGACGGUGCCCCAAGGAAAACUACAAGUUCACCAGAUGGUUAAUGAAAGAAGGCCUACUUCGAAAAUGGAUGAAAUGCCCCUCUUGCUCUCAUGUUAUGAAGUUGAAACGGUCCUACGGCAAAAAGGAGGCAGCAUGGACAUGCCGAGAUUCCUGUCACAAAGGGAAAACGGUGUCGAGGUCCAUCCGAAGUGGCUCAAUGUUUGAGAAUUCUCACAUUCGACUGCAUACGUGGAUGCAUUACAUCUACAGAUUCGCCCAAGGCCUUCGACUGAGACAAGUGGACAUGCUGCAGGAAGGAAUUACUCGGAGUUCUGCAACUCUGAGUAAACUUGCAGACAAGCUGCGGAGAGUUUGCAAAUCAGGAAUGAAAAGAAUGAGAAGAAGAGGCAAGCAGACUGUUGGACAAAGAGCAGAGAUUGUUAUGAUAGAUGAAAGCAAAUUUGGCCAUAAAAGAAAGUACAACAGAGGACGGGCAAGCAACAGGAGUUCCUGGGUGUUCGGAAUGCUAGGGAUUAAGAAUGACAGGAGGAGACCCAUUCUUAAGAUUGUGCAUCACCGUUCAGUCAGGCAUCUCUUGCCUCUAAUAAAGAAGCAUGUUUGUCGUGGAAGCUCUGUCAUUUCAGAUGGGUGGAGGUCUUACCGCCGUCUUCAGGAUGAAGGGUACAAUCACCUGACUGUCAACCAUCAAGAUUUUUUUGUCGACCCUGUUACAGGUGCACAUACACAAAACCUGGAGAGAUUUUGGGGUAUUUGCAAGUCAACUAUCUGGAGACAAAGAGGGAACCGCACACAAAAACUGUUGAGGGAUCACUUAGAUGUAAUUGAGUGGACUUAUUGGCGUGGAAAACAUCACAAUAACGGAACACUUGGAAUGCUUUUGCAUGACAUUAGGAAAAAAUAUCCAGUAUGAAACCUGUCUGAAAUGUAGAUGCAGAUAUCAAGUUGAUAUUUAUACUACCAGUCAAAAGUUUCGACACACUAAAUGUACUGUUACCUCUGAGAAAAAUACUAUUAUCAUGGACAUGAAGGCCAAAGGCCAACUCCUUCCCUUGUUAAAGUAUUAAAAUGCAAGUGAGCUUCUUUGUUCAGUUAAAAUUCUGUUAUAUUGUAUUGGAAAAGUGAAAUAUUUGUGCACAGGGGAAAUAAAUCAACCUGAUGUAGUAAUUAUAGAGCAAGUUUAGGCUGUGAAAGUGCAAUGUUUGUACAGUUCAGUACAUUUGUUCUAAGCUUUGACAAGUGUAGUUUAGCUGAUGAAGAGCAAGUUCAUGUUGAGCUGUGCAGGUUUUAUAUUUUUUAGAUUGUGCAAUUUAUUGUAUUUUUGUACUUUAUAUUGUGCAGUAUUUUAUAUUGUGUUUUUUUUAAGCAGGCAGAUUUUGGUUAAAGGAUCACACAGAUGUUCAACAAUAGAGUACCUGUAUUAUCAUACAGUAUGACCUGCUUAUACAUUUGAUACCAU